AUGUCCCUCACUCCAAUUGACCUCCUCUCCUCCUCCUCUUAUCCCAUCCCAGCACAGUCGGAGCGACGACAGAGACCUGUCAAUGCGAACAUGUUCUUAGGCGGCCUUACGUUGUUGUCUUAUGACGAUACGACAAUGGCCCCGACAAAUGACAAGUCUAAACCAAAGAGAAAUACAAAUAAUAAAAGUGCCCCCAAGUCCGAGGACGAUACCAACGUCUCAAAAAGGAAACGUGGUCGUCCUCGAGUUCUGGAUAAAGACGAGAAUGCUGCUGAAAGACGCAGAACCCAGAUCCGACUGGCUCAACGGGCUUAUCGCUCCCGGAAAGAAGCCACCAUCUCAUCACUUAGCAAAAGACUGUCUGAGCUCGACGCCUCUAUCAGAGAGAUGAACACGACGGUAGGAAGCUUUCGUGAUGAACUGAUGAGCUCCGGUCUGUUACUGCAACAUACAUCUUUGACAUAUGGAUGGCAACGACUUGUGCAGAAGUCAGAUGCGCUUGUCAAACUUUCCGCGGCGAAUCAGGAAUAUGAGUCUGCUAAUACGUCGCCUAUGGAUGAGACUGCGAGCAGUAAUUCUUCCUCGUUCGGAGUUAGUGAUGCAUUGUUUGUCGAUCAGCCACUGGACAUAACUGAAAACCUGGACGAAUUCAAUUUCCCUUUAUACACCUCCAACGACAACGCCUCGUCUAUUAACUUCGACUCUCUCUUCCAGAGUUACGACCUAGGAACUGUCCAGCAGCCUCAACAGGCACCUACCACACUGACAGGGAAUACCGAUCUGCAACUCGUGCCAUCCUCUAUCGCGGAGUCAUUUCCUCAAGACCCCAUAAACACAAACACCACUGUAUGGCUACAACCCAGCACCAUCACCCCACCAGCAACGUACAGUUUCCACGAAUCAUCAUUCGCCGGCCGUCUUCGCAGACAAUGUGCAGAAUACGCAUAUCGAUUACUCACAGACCCUAAUACCGAUCCAAAAGAGAUACUACGCACCUACCGGUUUUCGUUGUGCUUUAAGAAUAAGCAGGCCUUGAUAGAGCGGUUUUGGAAGGCGAUAACCGCCCCCCCUUCCUCCGCCAGCGACAUCGGCACAACUACUGGUGCAGCAGAAUAUACCGUUGGAAACGCAGGCUUCCACUACCCUCUCCAACAACCAACUUCUAAUCCACAAACAACAACAACAACAACACCACCACCAAGAGAACUAUACCCUGUCUCAAAAUUCAUCGGACCCUGGCCAUUCCAUCAAGCAGACGCACCGCACGAUUUCACCUCCAUCAAUGAGGUCAUAUCCGCGCGCGGAAUGGUAGGGGAGUGGUUCGAUAGCAACGAUGUGGAGGGAUAUCUGCGCGAAAAGGGGAUACAGGUUGAUACACAGGCUAGUUUUGUGACGUUGCCGGAUGAAUCGAGUCAUCGGAUAGACUACAUCGAGGAACACGAGAGUCCGACGGAGGAUGACUUGAUGCUUGAUCCGGGUUUGGAAUCUAUCGCCGCGCCGGCAACAGCCCGGACGCAGGACAUCGGCUCUACCGCAGCAGGCACGGAUACAAACAUGAAUACAAAACCGCAACCAGCGCUCAUCUUCGACGUAGAUAUGUUUCUAACUCAACUUAUAUACAAAGGAGUCUGUCUAAGCGGAAGAGCGGGAUUUCGUAAACAGGAUGUUGAGAAUUGUUUGAGGGUUGCUUGUUAUGCCGUUGCUUGA